GCAGAAGGCAGAUCAGCAAACCAGAGAAGAUAGAACAUAACUGAGCCGACCUUCGUGGCAAUGGCAAAUAACAAAUUCCUCACCGUUGUCCUAUUUGGGUUUUUUUUCAGCCUUGCUCCAGCACUUGCUGACAGCACAGUGUCUUGCUAUAGGAUUGAGCCAGGAACAAUAGCAGGCAUCAUCUGUGCAGAUGUGGUGCUGACCCUUAUUAUUGUCGUUGUAACAUACCGAUGUGCCAGUUUUCGGCGUCAAAAGAUAGAUAAUGCUCACAAAGUGUAUAUGAAUGUCCGGGCCAACUGCAAGAGCUAAAAGGAUGGUGCAGUGCAUGAAAACACUUUCAACUUUCUUGUAGAAAACUGUUUACCUUUUUUAAAGAAAUCUUCUCUGAAAAUUAAUUAUACAAAAGAAUCUUUAACUAUUACAUUUUAAGUUAACAUGAACACAUUGUUUUACACAUUUUAUAUCUUACUUCUUAGCCAAUUGUACUUAGACUUCAACCUGUUAAUUCAUACUACAAAAAAUAAAUAAAAGAGUCUCAUAAAUGGGAUUUCAUACUCAUACAAUGUGGACUGUGAUUUUAAAUAUGUUACAAAGUUAGAUAAGAUGUGUUUCAGUUUAUUUAGUAGAGACUUUGAAAAAGGCAGUCCAGUUUUAUCUUUAUAGUACCAUUUCACAGCAACAGUUGCCUGUUUAUUGUAAAAUAAGGACCCUACAAUAAUACUGUAUUUUUAUAAUAAUAAUUGUGUGUGAUAAUAAUAAUUGCAUAUGGUUAACAUUCAAAUACACUGUUAAAAACCAUCAAGGAAACAUUUGAGCAAUCUUAACUUUAAUUUUUGCUCUGAUUUUGUAUAAUCAGCCCUCAAACCAUUGUUACAGCAUUUUGAUUACAAAAAAUAAUAUACAAGGAGUAUUUUAUUCACGGACAUCAGAUGUGUGGUUUAAAUCUUCCUUUAAUAUUUUUCAGCAGUGUUAUUUAAUGUUAACUAUAAACAAUUUUGACACAGAUUGUACUGGAGGAUACAGCACCCCCUGAAGGUGGGUAGUGGUAGCAAACUAUCUAAAUAGUUUAACCGGGACAUGGAGAUGUUGUGCAAAUGUUCAUAUUAUAUUUACAAACUGUAAAAUGUAUAAAAAGUAAUGCUUAAAAAAAGCACAUUAAUAAAAGAAAGCUAA